GCUGUCUAUUGUGAAUGAACCCCUGGAUCGCAACUCUCUGUGUAAGCCUCAGGUUUUGGACGAUGGACGUUCGGUGUAUACAUGUGUCAUUUGUCACAAGCAGUUUCUCUCCUUGUCUGACAUCAACCGUCAUAUGGAUUUUCAUGAAGAUAUACGCCCCUACAAAUGCAAGUACUGUGACUAUUAUGCUCGUACAAACAGCCAGCUUAAAGUGCAUAAGCUUCGUCAUGAAG